AUGCAAGGUGAUACACGUGUAUUGCAUAAACAUGGUUAUGAUGAUGAUUUGUUCAAGAUUGAAAAACACGGAACUAACUUUACUCACGCACAAAUCCGUGAUUUUGAAUCCCACCUCGAUGACAAAGAGGAAGAAGCAUAUGCGCAAGGUAUAAUUAGACAAGUUGAACAAUCAGCAGCAACAACGACUAAAGCUAAAGCCAAAACAACAAAGAAACGUAUGGCAACAAAACUGGUAAAGGGGAAAAAAAACGGAACCAAAGAAGCUGCCGCACCAUCUCCUUCUCCACCUGAACCAAAAGAAGAGCUUGCAUUCAAAGACAAUGAAGUUUUACGCAUCCUCUACGAGAAUUGGAAUUUACCCCAUUCAACAACAUUACCCAUUGUAAGUCCACUUGCAUCACAUAGGACUCCAUUUGAGUUUUACACUAAACAUAAUCCUGAUGUUUCAAUCAUCAAAACACCUCGAUUAUCUGUCACGAAAUUGUUGGUUAAUAAUUGGUGUCAGAUGCGUGAUUAUUAUAAAGUGCAUGCUGGCUCACCACGAUUGAAAUCUACACCAGCAAUGGAGCAAGGUACUGCCCACCAUGCUCGUUUGGAAGAGGAGACACAUCCACUGGUUGAUAUUACUGAUAUGUUGAACUUUGUCUCGGAGAAAGUUGCCACGUUGAAGAAGCAACUAAAGAGUAAAGGAAAGGUUCCAAACACAACACAAGAAGUUUCUUCUCAUGCUCAAGAUAUUGAUCAAUCAAUUCAGGUUGUCGAUGAAUUGCUGACAAGUUCCGAGGAAGAGGUGUUAGCCAAUGCCUGGUCUCAUAAAGUAAUCACACGAUUGUUUGCAUUAUUGACAAACUCACAAGCUAGGGAAAUUCCCUUACAUGGAUAUAUUGACAUGAACAAGUCCCAAAUCAUUGAGCCCCAUCACGGAGUUGAGGCACUAAACAAUUCCGUACUCGUUUCAUCCAUUGUUGAUUUAUUCAAGUUUCAAAAUCACAGCAACCCCACUGACUUGACAUUUAUCACUGAGAUGAAAAACAUGAUGGAUUUUGAAUUUGACAAAGAUAAAGCUGGGACUAAACCCAUGAUAGAUUUGACGAGAUUUAUCCCUGAGGCUCAAAAGAUUCUUUCAGAGUAUAAAGAGUCCGAUAACGGAUUAUCACUUGUGAUUUCGGAUGUGAAAACUCGUAGUGAAAACACUUUACCUCAUUUCCAAUCAGUGAUAAAGGGAGCCAAGUGCCAAACUUAUUUGUAUCAGAAAUUUUUCAAGGUUUUGACAAUGGAUGCUGAGUUUACUUAUCAUGGAUUACUUGAAAAUGCUACCAGGAAAAAAGUCGAUAUUGAUAAGCCAUUGAGCCCAAUUAUGGUGUUGCAAAUGUUGCGAUUGAAUCCUAAUUUAUUCUAUCAUGAUUUUAUCAAAUUGAGCCGGGGCAAACCCAUUGGAUUUAAGCCAUAUGAUGACGAAAUCACAACAAACAAAGUGAAUAAAGGAAUAGCUGCAUUGGGAAUCGAAGGGUUUCCACGGGACGACAAGGCAAUGGCACCACAACAACACUAUGAUGAGUAUCGAUUUGAUUUGUUGUUUCAAAAUGCCAAUGAAUUUUCAUUUACAUCGCCAUCAACCCAAUCAUACUUGGAUGAACUUGAAAAAAUCGAAUCUAAAUCAUCAAACCCAUUCCCAUAUAAACACUACAUGGAACCGUUAUUGCGGACAUGGCAAACACCACUAACUCUACGGUACUUGGCAGCAAGAUCAGCUCAAUUAUUCAACUUGUUCAACAAUUUCGUUGCUGAGUCAACUACAGUUGAGUAUCAUAAUGCCCUAACGCAACAAGUUUUCGAAAUUUGUCAAUACUUCAUUCAGAAACAAGAUUUACAACUGACGAUUGAUGUAGCUUGUGAUUUUUGGCUUGGUCGUGUGGUUCCGCAAUUUGCUGAUUCUAAACUGAAGUGUAAAUCUUGUGAGUUUAAAUUGAAAUGUAUUGUUGGUAGAGGUGAGGCUGGUGAAUUGAUGAACAAACGGAAAAUGGUGGGACCUAAAUUGAGAGAAUUUGUUGGUCAACCAAUUUGA